AGCAAAUUGGAUAUUUUUUGAAACAUGUCUAGGACUAAGAAAUUUUACUCAAAGCCUUUUGUGGUUUUGUGUUGGUUGAUUGCUGCAGUAGGAGGUCUUAUGUUUGGUUAUGACAUUGGUAUUUCAGGAGGAGUGACAUCGAUGGAUGACUUCUUGUUGAAGUUCUUUCCUCAUGUAUAUGCAAAGAAACUACGUGCAAAAGAAAACAACUACUGCAAAUUUGAUGAUCAGUUUGUACAGUUGUUCACUUCAUCAUUGUACCUCUCUGCUCUCUUCGCGAGCUUUCUUGGAUCUAAAGUUUGCAGUAAAUAUGGUCGCAAGAUGACUAUGUUAGCCGCUUCAAUAUUCUAUUUGGUAGGAGUUGGCAUGAAUGCUGCAGCGAAUGGUCUUAUCUUGCUCAUCCUUGGAAGGAUUUUGCUUGGUGUUGGUGUUGGAUUUGGUAAUGAGGCUGUUCCUUUGUUCUUAUCUGAAAUUGCGCCCAUCAAUAUCCGAGGAGCAGUGAACAUUCUUUUCCAGCUGUUUGUGACUAUCGGCAUACUUUGUGCAAACUUGGUUAACUACUUCGCAUCUAAGCAUCAUCCAUGGGGCUGGAGACUAGCUUUGGGUUUAGCCGGAGUUCCUGCUUUCAUUCUCUUGGUUGGUUCUUUCAUUAUCCCUGAAACACCUACAAGUUUGAUCGAGCGUGGUCAUGAACAAAAAGGUAGAAUGAUUCUUGAGAAACUACGAGGAACGGAAAACGUGGAUGAGGAGUAUCAUCAAAUAGUAAUGGCUAGUGAAUUAGCUCAUCAAUCUCAGAGUUCACUCUCCAAACUCAUGCGACCAUCAAGUAGACCUCCUCUAGUCAUUGGUAUGAUGAUGCAAGUAUUCCAGCAAUUUACAGGAAUCAAUGCCAUCAUGUUCUAUGCCCCCGUUUUGUUUCAGACAGUCGGGUUUGGGGCCAAUGGAGCCUUGAUAUCGUCGGUGAUCAUAGGGCUUGUAAAUGUCUUUAGUACCUUAGUUUCAAUCAAAACUGUUGAUAUAUUUGGAAGAAGAGCGUUGCUUCUUCAAGCUUGUUGCCAGAUGUUCUCGACUCAGGUUAUAAUAGGGAUAAUUCUAGCAGUACGGUUGAAGGUGACCGGAUCGUUAGGAAGAGAAGAAGCAAUUGGUGUGGUUGUUCUGGUUUGUCUGUACGUCAUGAGUUUUGCGUGGUCAUGGGGGCCAUUAGCUUGGUUGAUUCCAAGUGAAACAUUUCCACUUGAAACCAGAACCACAGGUUUCGCAUUUGCUGUUAGCUCAAACAUGAUGUGCACUUUCAUCAUAGCUCAAGCAUUCUUAUCAAUGAUGUGUCAUAUGCAAGCCGGUAUCUUUUUCUUUUUUGCUGUCUGGAUUCUUGCCAUGGGACUGUUUGUAAUGUUUUUAGUUCCAGAGACUAAAGGCGUUCCGAUCGACGAUAUGGUUGAUAGAGUUUGGAAGCAACAUUGGUUCUGGAAGAAGUAUAUGGAUCGUGAUGUUGACGAAAAUGGUCAGAGAGUGAAGAAGGAAAUUCAGCUUUAGACG